CCCUGAGACACACACCUACACAUACAUGAGCGCUCGAUACGAGCAGCGGUGAAAUCAACGCUUUUCACUUAGGAACUUCAAUUCCCAUCAUGCCUGUCGGAGGAUCACGACGACAACGAUGCUCGAGCAUACAAAGCAGCAGUGCUUAAUGCGAUGGGACCCAUCCUGCAGGAACAAACUGCGUCUGCGACACUGAGGAAGGUGCCAGGCAAGGAGAAGGUUAGAAUGAAAAAUGCAGAAAACACUGGGAUUGUUGCCAGCAAUAAUAAGAGAGGAGGAAACGUGAUCCAGAAUAAGAAACCUCUUAAAAAAACAGUGUCCUUGCAUCCAGGGCAAGAGAAGGAUCCUCUGCCCAAAGCUGAAAUUGUCCAAAAUGGCAUUAAACCAAAGAAAGCUAAGAGUCCGACUGGUGGCACUUGCAAGUUGCGUGGCACACAGGGCGAAUCAGACCUGAGGCCUCCACGUCCCAAACUCUCUUGUCCCGAGCGUGGACAGGAGAGGCAGAAAAUCCAGCUGGAGAGGCAGAAAAUCCAGCUGGAGCCUCAGUGCUGUAAAGAGAUGGUACUGAGCCACGUGGCCUUGGAGAAGAGCCGUCGUGCUCUAUCGCUGCCUUUGACUCCUCAGUCAGUGCUGCAGCAGUUCACUCCGCAGAAACAAGUCCCAGACCUGGACUCACUUCGCCUCCUGGAGCACAAGGAGGAUGACACGGACAGCGCCAGCGACCUGUCCGACUCUGAGAGGCUCCCUGUGCUGCCUUCCCCCUGCACUCCUCCUCAGCUCAACCUCCGAGCCGAGGUCAUCAACUCCAUGGACCUGCAUCCUCACAUACCUGGACCCUGGACGGUGGAGAACAAUGAAGUCAGCUAUAGCUACCCAGACUUCCUGCCUCCUCCGUUCAAUACCUGGAGUCUGAGGCAGCUCGCCAUUUUCCUCAACACUGAGGGUAAGCGAGCUCCCCGGCCCAAACCCGUAGAGCAGCUAGAGAAGUAUUUAGAGCGCCUCCUUCAACUUGAGUGGCACCAGAUCCAAAGCAUACAGUCUGAGAACGGACGGCACAUAGUUCCCAUCAUCCGAACAAGAGGUCACGCCACCAGUGUCCUAGUGAACGGCAACCGGCCUAGGCCUCAUACUGCUCCUCCGACACGCCUCAGCUCCCCGAAAAGCUUUCGGCAGGGUCAACGGGCCUUCUUCUCUUCAAUGGCCAGCCCAUCAUCCACCCAGCUUUCUCGUCCCGUCUGCCCUUAUUGCCACAUCCGCUAUCCGCUCUGCAACGGCACCUGCUCUUCAUACGCCUACCAGCGGCAUUCCCGUCUCAGCCCCCUGCUAGAGCGCAAAGCUCCCCCUGCCAACACCCAAAAGAGGAGCAGCAGUGAAAGCCGGGCUUCCACCUCCGAAAACCGCCCCACUUCAAAAAACCAGCAACCGGUCAGUCCUCAGGCGGCAAAGGCUCACCAGAAGCACAUGCAGUCUGCAGGAAAUGUGCGCAGGGCGUCCCAUGAACUUAAUGCAAAUGGCAAAUCCCAUUCUUCGGUCAGGAAAGGAAAGACUGCGAGGUCAAACGAGGCAGACAAACAGAAAGAUCCACCUGGAGCAAAAUUUGGAGGGGUUGAUAGGCGGGAUCCUGUCGGUAUGAAACGCGAAGGUGGUGGUCCAGGGAAAAAAAUGGUUAAGGAUGGUCCGAGAGCCGAAACUGGUGAAGUACGAUUAAGAUCUGGCACUAAAAGAACGGUCACCCACUUACAACCCUGA